AAUCGACUCGCUCGGCAAUGGUUUUUCACGAGAAUCAAGAUGGCGACUCUUCCAUUAGCGCCAACUUAUUUAUUCUUUUAGAUGCCUAUAUUAUAAUCAAAUAGCCUGUUCUGUCCCCGAUUCCGCAGGGUUUCAAUCAUCAUGAGGACCAGGAGCACCGUUUGCAGCGGGAAUUGACUUGCUAAAGACAAUUACAGGAGCCAGCGAGAUGUGCGAGAGUUAUUCCCGUUCGCUGCUGCGGAUUUCGGUGGCGCAGAUCUGCCAGGCGCUGGGCUGGGAUGCGAUUCAGCUCACAGCUUGCGACUUGCUCUCAGAUGUCCUGCACCGAUACAUACAACAGUUGGCCAGAGGCUGCCAUCGCUACUCGGAGCUCUAUGGGCGGACCGACCCGAUUCUGGACGACGUGGGCCAGGCCUUCAGGCUGCUGGGGGUCAACCUGAACGAGCUGGAGGACUACAUCCACAACCUGGAGCCCGUGGCGUUCGCCCACCAGACCCCCCUCUUCCCCGUCAGCAAGAACAACGUGCUGCAGUUCCCCCAGCCCGGUGGGCGGGACGCCGAGGAGAGGAAGGAGUACAUUCCGGAACACAUGCCCCCGCUGGUGUCCUUACAGGAAGAGGAGGAAGAGGAGCAGGUGCUUCCUGACAUGGGGACGUCGGCCGAGGCCAUGCAGGUCCCUCUGGAUGAGGAGGAGGAGGACAUGGACGAAGACGAAGCCGUCAACGAUGAGAACUACCUGGGCAAGAGACACCUGGACAGCCCGGACUCCAUGGACAUGAUGCCCGUCCUGAAGAGGCCCCGCCUCCCCGGCUUCAAGUCGGCGGACAGCCCGGAGUGGGGGGUGGAGCCCCGGGAGCCGCUGAGCUCCCUGAACCCGCAGCGCACCCCGGGCAUGCUGUCCUCGCUCCACUCCCACGACAGCUCCGGCUCCCUGACCCUCUCCCCCGAGCCGCCUGGGCACGCCCCCUCCGCCAGGGCCACGCCCCCGGCCGUGCCCAGGUCGGCGGACUCCAAGCCCCUCCCCACGCCGAGCCGGAAGUCCAAGAUCACCUCCCCCGGCAGGCCCAGGACGAAGUCCCCCAAGAGGGCCAACGCGGGCCCCGCUUCCGGCAGCCCCAUACGCUCGCCCAAAGCAGCGCAGAAAGAGAGGAAGAAGUCCCCAGGCCGAACCCGCAGCCCCAAGAGCCCAAAGAGUCCCAAGAUGGGCCCCGGCAAAGCAGGCCACCCGCCGAGCAAGGCGGAAGCCCCGCCGAAGGCGACCCUGGCCGCGCUGAGCGAGAAGAUGGGCAAGGAGAACCUCCACCUGAGGCAGAGCCCGGCCGCGGUGGCCGAAGUCAAGAAACAGCAGCUGGCGGAGGAGCAGCUGAGGAAGCUGGACCUCCCCGACAACACCAUCGACGACUCCAUCGACGCGGUGAUCGCCCGGGCGUGCGCCGAGCGCGAGCCCGACCCCUUCGCCUUCUCCUCGGGGUCCGAGUCCGAGAGCGACGUCUUCUCCAGCCCGCGGAGGCUCACCAUCUCGGAGCCGACGACGCCGAAGCUCACGAUCAGCGCCAACAGCUUCGGCAAGGACACCUCCACGCCUCUCCCCAUGAACGCCGUCGGCGCGUUGGGCCCCAGCAACUCGUGGACGAUGGACGACUCCAUCAACGAGGUCAUACGCAAGGUCAACCAGGGAGGCCCGUCGGGGACACCCCCCAACACCACCUACCUGUCGUCCCCGUCCGCCUCCCCCCCGACCCCUGAGCCGCUCCUCAAGGUGUACGAGGAGAAGAACAAGCUGGCGGCGUCGGCCGACGUCAAGAAGAAGCUGAAGAAGGAGCUCAGGACGAAGAUGAAGAAGCGGGAGAAGGAGAAGCAGAAAGAGAAGGAGAAGGACCGGGACAAGGGGAAGAGCAAGGAGAAGAACCGAGACAAAAGCCGGGACAAGGACAGGGAGUUCUUCAAGGAGGCCAAGCUCCCCUGGAAGGACUUCUCCGCCAAAGACGACGACCAGCGGGACCUCUUCAAGCCCCGGGACGCCGACGAGCCGGCGGCGCCUAAGGUGAAGUCUCGAGACGGCGGCGGCUCCAGGAAGGAGAAGGACAAGCACAAGGACAAGAAGAAAGAUAAAGAGAAGAGCAAGAAGGACAAGGAGAAGAGGGACAAGGGCAAAGACAAAGGCAAGGAGGAGAGGCAGAAGGGGUCCUCGGCCGGCCUCGCCCUCAGCCUGAAGGAGCCCCCGCUGUCGCUCUUCAGCCCCGCCGCCUGCCUCCGCCUCCCCUCCAUGCUGCCCCCGCUGCCCCCCAUCCUCCCGGACAAGGACAAGACCAAGGAGAAGGACAAGAAGAAGGACAAGAAGGAGAAGAAGAAGAAGAAGGACAAGGAGAAGGAGAAGGAAAAGGAGCGCGAGAAGGAGAAGGCGAAAGAGAAGGAAAGGGAAAAGGAGGAGAAGAAGAAAGAGAAAGAGAAGGAAAAGAGGGAGAAAGAGAAGGAGAAGGAGAAAGAAAAGCACAAGUUGGAAAAGGUGAAGGUGGAGCCCCCCGUGGUCCUCCCGUCUCCGGUCAUCCCCAGACUGACCCUCAGAGUGGGCGCCGGCCAGGACAAGAUCGUCAUCAGCAAGGUCGUUCCCACCCCCGAGCCCAAAACCCCGUCGACGCCCAAGACCCCCGCCGCCAAAUCUGGACCUGCCGGCCGGGCCCGGACCCCUCCCCCCGCCCCCAUCCUCACCCCGGUGGCGCCCCCGGCGGCGCCCACCCCCCUGCACCCGCCUCCCAUGGCGCCCCCGGCGGCCUCCCCCGCCCCGGGCCCGCCCCCGCCCCCCACCCUGGCAGCGGGGGGGUCCUCCAAGACGCCCGUGCGCAGCGUGGUGACAGAGACCGUCAGUACCUACGUGAUCCGAGACGAAUGGGGUAACCAAAUUUGGAUCUGUCCUGGGUGCAACAAAGCGGACGACGGGAGUCCGAUGAUCGGAUGCGACGACUGUGAUGACUGGUACCACUGGCCCUGUGUCGGUCUCGUCGCCGCCCCCCCGGAGGACGUCCAGUGGUUCUGCGUGAAGUGCGCCGGCAAGAAAAAGGACAAAAAACACAAGAAACGGAAACACAAAGUGCACUGAGACCAGGCCCCGGAAACAGACCCCGCCCCUGCCCCCCCACCCCCACCCCCAGCACACAGACGCCGCCCACCCCUCGCCCCCCGCCCACGCUUUUGAGCGUCGUCACAGCAACGGUUCUCCGUGGUGCCGCACGGGACGCCACCGCCUUGUGCCUGUCACGUGACCGCCCCUCCGAGGUCGCGCCUCCGCGUUGUUGGGCUCACCUCCACGUUGGGCGCCGGGUCUUUCGCCGGCUCUCCGCACCCCGCGUUGGGAACGGGACCCGCGCGCCUCUUCUUCGCCACGGCGUCGGCGGCUACCCCGGCCGCCACCGAAACGGUCUCAGUUUGGAAACCCUACGCCCUCUCACCCAGGACCCAGAUGUGUGGAGCUCAGCCCUUCAGACUGGCCAGCUAGCUAUACCCCCUCCCCUUCCCCCUCCCCCUCCCCCACCCCACCGUCAUUAGCCUACUGUUAUGUUUGUAUUAUUACGACUAUUUUUUUAUCGAGAAGACACGACGAUCCGUGAACUAAUACAUGCGAAACGACACUGAAAGUCAGACUGAUCUCAGAUGCUUUCCUGUAAUGUCAAAAUGGUUUUUUUUUCCCCCCCCACAGCUUGCCAUAAAACGUGUAUAUACAAAUGACUUCGUUUGUGUAUAUAAGUGUACAUACGAUCCCACAAACCAAGUGCUUUCUGUUAUGAGUUUGACUUUUUUUGUUCCUUUUCUCCUGAUUAAUUUUUAACUUGAACAGUUUUCUGUAAUUAUUGUAUAUUUUUUAAAAUGACAGUUUGUAUUUCGUUUUUUUCUUCAUAUCAAUUGCACCAAUCUUACUGUAGUUGUGCUUGUUGUAAUAUAUUUUAUUUGCUUGAUAUUGCUCUAUUAAAGGUUUCCUGCUUCUUCAAAUAUGCUUUCAGACUGCUUGUAAAUCUCUCUGUAGAAAAGCUAAAAAAAAAAAAAGAAAAAGAAAAAAAAACUUCUGUACCAAAAUAUGCCAUUUUAAUUUUCCUGUCCCAAGUUAAUUAUGAUUGUAAGUGAAUUUUCAUUUUCAGUGAAUGCAAUUAAAUUGCCAUGGUUUUUCGAU